GACUGAUCUGCAGCAGCAGCGGCGGGGCUGGGCUCCAUGAGCACACCUUCAACCCUAAAAACACGCACCAGAGAAUUGGAGAACGGGAUGGCCUAGCCGUGUUGUGUUGUCAGCAGUUGAUCAGCAGUGAGCUACCUGGACCACAGAUUAGCUGACCUACUGCUCAGCGGCAGCAGCAGGUUGCAGAGAUGAGUGUGACCUCCUGGUUCCUGGUGAGCAGCGGGGGUACUCGCCACCGACUCCCCCGGGAAAUGAUCUUUGUCGGACGGGAUGACUGCGAGCUCAUGCUACAGUCCCGCAGUGUGGAUAAACAGCAUGCAGUCAUCAACUUCGAGGCCGGGACGGACGAACACAAGGUCAAGGACCUGGGCAGCCUGAAUGGGACCUUUGUAAAUGAUGUCCGCAUUCAGGAGCAGAUGUACAUCACUCUGAAGUUGGAGGACAAGCUGAGGUUUGGAUAUGAUACCAACCUGUUCACGGUGGUGAGAGGAGAGCUCACUGUGCCUGAAGAGGCUCUAAAGCAUGAAAAGUUCACCAGUGGCCUCCAGCUCAGCAAGAAGCCGUCCAACGGUGAAACAGCUACCACCACAACGACGAGCAAGUCCCCUGCUAAGACCCCAACAAAGACGCAAAAGUCCCCCAGUGGCAGCAACCCGAGGCAAGGGGAGAGUAGAGCCACAGACGGGGUCACAUCCUCCAAAGAGCCACCAGCUAAACAUUCAGACGCUCACAAAGCAGAGGAGAGGAUAGGAGGGGAUGUUGCAGCGCUGCCUCGCGGGACCCCCCUGUAUGGUCAGCCAUCUUGGUGGGGGGAUGGGGAUGCAGAUGAUGAAAACUCCUUCAAACAGGAAAUCAAGUCAUCCAACAAAAAACAUGACAGCUCCGUUUCAGACAGCAAAGAGGCUCGUCGAGGGGAGAAAGCGAAAGAGGACGGCCUUCAUGCGUCCACCUCCCACGACUCCAGCUACUUUGAGAUGCCUACCAAGGAGGGUCACAUAGCCAGUAACGGCAUACAUGAGAUUCCCACCAAGGACACAGAGGGCACCGCCGCUCAAAACACUGCAGCUCAAGGUCACGCCUCCUUCACCAUCGAGUUUGACAACACUUCCCCGGGGAAAGUCACCAUGAAAGACCAUGUGUCAAAGUUCACACCUGACCACCACAGAUCGCGCUCCAAGAAGAGUGGAGCAGGAAGUGGAGGAGCAGGAGGGAGGGACUUGAGCACGCUGCAGGCCGCCAUGAUGGCAUCGGAGAGCAAGGUUGCUGAUUGGCUGGCCCAGAACGACCCCACGCUGGUGCGCAGCGAGUCGACGGAGGACGACAGCAAGAGCAUCAAGAGCGACGUGCCGGUCCAUCUCAAGAGGCUAAAAGGCAGCAAACACGAGGAUGGCACCCAGAGUGACUCCGAGAACGGCGUGGGCCUACGUUUCGCCAACCGCCGCCACGCCCUCGAGGAACGCCUAAAAGCAGCACAUGGCCUCGUGGGAGCAGUAGCAGGGAGCAUAACUGCGAGCGGCGGGUCCAGAACAAGUGGCAGCCGCACCGCCUUUAUGAUCGAGUUCUACGACGAGGAAAACCAUCGCAAGCGCCGAUCAUAUUCGUUUUCCCAGACUGCACCCCUGCUUGGGAUAGGAGCUGGUGGGGAGGGACUCUUUCCUCAGCCUCCCUCUCACCCCAAGGUGUUCAGCAUUUCCACCUCUGCUACUACAGCCUCAGACUCAGGUAAAAUCCCAGCUCCGAUACCGGCGACGGUGACUGCAGGUGCCCCUACGGCUGCCCGUGUCCUUCUCAAGCAGAGGUCAGAGGACCAGAGUAUCGGUCGCAGCUCAGCCAGCACCGGGCUGGCGACAGGCAGCCCCACCAGUCCCAGCGAGGACACCUCCGUCGUGGGGAGAGGAGCGGGAACUGCUGGAGGGGCGACAGAGGACGACCACAGCGACAAGGGCACCUACACCAUCGAACUGGAGAACCAGAACGCAGAGGAAGAGGAGGCCAGGCGCAUGAUAGACAAGGUGUUUGGUGUGCAGCAGAACCAGGACUCCUCUAGUCUGUCAGACCUGAAAAGGGAAGGAAAAGGAAAGGAGACCGGAGAGACGGGGAAAGAGGCUCUUCCUGGCAACUCGAGUUGGGUCUCUCAGUGGGCCAGUCUAGCUGCCAAUCACACCAGGACCGACCCAGAGGGCUCAGGAGCAGAAACAGCCGCCUUCCACCUCAAAGAGAGAGGAACUGAUGCCUUUGAGUCGGGUGCGUCCCUCAGCAGAGGCGAAUCCUCUUCCAGUCUAACCGACCGUAAACGCAGGACCCUCCCCCAGCUCCCUGUGGAUGACCCCCGGGCUAAGUCCAGCACCAAAGCUCUUGGACUGAGGUCAGAGAUCGGGGAGAAACAGGACACUGAACCCCAGGAGAAAGAGAACAAGGGUGACGGGGAGUCCCCAACGGCCAUGAGGGACGGUGAGAUGACCAGUAAACGGAAACAAAGCUCCACAUCCUCUCCAUCCAAGGCUCCUCCCAGGUCCUCUGGCAGCACUGAGCGGAGGAAGAGGUCAGAGGAGAGGAAAGGAGCAGGAUCAGGAGAAGAAAAGUCGGGGAAGCCUCUAGUGCGCCAGGGCAGCUUCACAAUUGAUAAGCCCAGCGCCAGUGUCCCUUCAGAGCUCAUCCCACGCAUCAACAGAGGCAACAAUGGGCGCGAACGCAGUGACUCCGUGGGCAGCAUGGAUACCGCUACGCUCCUGAAGGACACUGAAGCUGUCAUGGCAUUCCUGGAGGCCAAACUAAGAGAUGAAAACAAACUAGACCAGAAAAGUAGUAAGACUGGCAUCCCCCCUCGGACUGACUCCAUCUCUCCUGAGUCGGACGUUGACACAGCCAGCACCGCUAGUCAUGUGACUGGAGAGGCAGAGAGGAAAGCAUCAGCUGGUGAUAAACGACGUUCCCUCAGCAGCAUGCAUCGCGAGAAGAGCAACAUGAGCACGACUUCCAGGACCAGCGUCACUAACGCAAGUGCCCGUGACCGCUUGGAUAGGAAGAGUAAGUCAAGAACUACAGAGACGACAAGCCGAACUGAUGCACGGCGCUCUGUUCAGCCGUCCUCGGCCUCCUCCAGAGCUCGCCAGCCUUCUCUGGACCUCACUGAUGAUGACCAGACGUCUUCCUUCCCCAUCUCUGACAUCCUCUCCUCAGACCAGGAGACCUACUCUGGACCUUUGGGGCGCUCAGCACACGGACGUGGCUCAGAUGAUUUCCUGCAUUCCAAACUAGAUAGCAGGUCUGCUAAAACUUCUACCAGUGGAUCCUCCAAAACCAGGAGCACACUCCAGGCAGGCACAGCCGCCUCCAUGAGCAAACAGGCCUCACUGCCUCAGCCGCGGCCAACAAGAGCCUCCCUUCUCCGCCGCGCCCGGCUGGGCGAUACCUCUGACACGGAUCUAGCUGAUGCAGACCGGGCGUCUGUGGCUUCCGAGGUGUCCACCACCAGCUCCACCUCUAAACCGCCAUCCGGUCGAAAGAGUUUGUCACGACUGGACAUGCUGGCUCAGCCACGUCGCACCCGCCUGGGCUCCAUCUCAGCCCGCAGUGACUCAGAGUGCACCAUGACACGGAGCUCCACCUCUUCACCCCGUCUGUCAGCUGAGACUGCUCUGCGUCUGGGCCUGCGCUCCUCAACUCCAACGGACAACAGGCUGACACCCAGAAUGAGGGCCAACAGCGUGUCGAAACUGAAUGAGGUCAAGACUAAGACCACUACAUCUGGAUACUGCUCGCCCACAGUGUCCAGUAGCAGCAGAUGGAAACGUCUGCCGCCGGAGUACGGCUCCACCUCAGAGGAAGAGUUUGGCUCCAGCCGGAAUUCUCCGAAGCACGGAGGACGCUCCCACAUGCGACCUCAUCAUCUCGCCCCACACCGCAGCUCAAGACUCAGCACUUCCGCGAGCCCAGGCUCCUCCGUGGUGACGGGUCCGGGUGGAGGGGUGAUCAAACACCGCAUGAAAGAGCAAGAGGAGUACAUCAAGGACUGGACAGCACACAGCGAGGAGAUAGCCAGGUUAUUCCCCUGUGUGCGCAGGAUCAGCCAGGACCUGGCUAAGGACUUAGCCAUCUUGGCCCGUGAGAUCCACGAUGUGGCUGGCGAGAUCGACUCAGUCAGCUCAUCCGGCACGGCACCCAGCACCACCGUCAGCACCGCCGCCACCACCCCGGGAUCGGCCAUCGACACCCGGGAAGAGGUAGGCCCUGCACGUCCCACGCAGCCGGACAUACAGGAGAGCAUGAGAAAGUUGGUGGAUCGGGUGUUUGAUGAGAGCCUCAACUUCAGGAAGAUCCCGCCUGUGAUUUCAACCAAUAAGGCGCCAGAGAUCAACGGCAAGCCAGUGGAGCUCCGCCCCCGUGCCCCUGACAGUCUGGAGCCCCGAGCUCUGAGGAGACGCACCUGGAACCGAGAGGAGGCAGUGUUGGACAGCCUGCUGCUCCAUUCAGUUUCUCAGCUGUCCACCAAGAUCAGAAACUCUACUGACAAAACAGCAGGAAAGAUCAGGAUAUUGUUCAAAGAUAAGGACAGGAACUGGGAUGAAAUUGAGAAUAAACUGCGAUCCGAGAGUGACUUACCACUCCUGAAAACCUCCAACAAGGAGAUCUCCUCGAUUCUGCUCGAACUGAAGAGAGUUGAGAAGCAGCUUCAAGUGAUCAAUGUAAUGGUUGACCCAGAUGGGACUCUGGACGCGCUGGCCAGCCUCAGCCUGACCAGCACCACCACCCCUACCAAGCCCCAAACCGCCAAAACCACCUCCCCUUCUGCCACCAGCCCCACGUCUGCUCCUUUAGCCAAAGAAUCCCUGCCGGAGAUCCUUCCUGGACCUGGAGGAUCAGCAGCCUCCGCCAGGGUUCAAGCUUCCUCUGCCAGCACCGAGGAGUCUUCACGAGACCCCGGCCUGAGUCUGGGGUUAACGGGAGUCGGAGGACUGCCCUUCAACCGCAUACGGCCGAGCGGAGAGGAGGCUAUCGCACAGAAGUGAACAGAAAGUUUCCCCUGAAGUCAAUGUUAAUUAAAUAAACAGGAGUCUGGAUUGGACUGCAGGUGCCUGGUGAUCAGUGUUCACAACAAUGAAGCAUCUUUAGACACCCGUCUAGGAUUAUGGGUAUAAUAUAAACACAAUUUAGCUGAAGUGUCACCGGUAAUGAAGUGCUUCAACUGACCUAAACCCCAAACUGAUGCAUCAUGGAUAUACUCUGAACGGAAAUUCACCCAUAAAGGAUUUGGAUUGAGUCAUAUUAUGAGCUUUUCAACUUAAAACUUUUCUUGCUUACUGGCCGACCUGACGUCCUGAUGGACAGAAGGCGUCCUGGCUGCUCUCUCAGAGGACAGAUCUCUGCGGUUGUACAGUCUCCACUCUCCUCCAGUCUCCUCCUCUUGCCUUCUCCAUGUGUCCGGACCCUACCUACACUAAGGACAUGCCUUAAAACACAUCCUGGAUAGUAGCAGCCCCCGUCCCCUCACAUAAUAUACAGAACUACUUUUAAACUUUAAUACAGUACUCUCAGACAAACAGAAUGCAUUGUAAAAUAAUAUCUAUUUACACUAUGAUGACUCACAAGACACUGCGGUCAUUUAUUAGCUCUUGUUCAGUACAAAGAGUAUUUCAGCAGCCUUAAGUAACCACUCUGACAAACCACACAGUCAUACAGACAUGAUUAAUGCAGAAACUGUUCAUUAUUCAAGCAGAAUUUCAGAUGUUUCUCAUAACUCUAACCGUCCAUUGAUGCUUCUCUGAAACUGACUCUGUUGAAAAGGAUUUGUAGUGCCUCCCCCAUCUCUGUGCUCACCUAUUUCUCUUUCACCCAUUAUGUUUCACUCUUUGCCUCCCGUCCUUUCUCUCCCCAGUAGUUUGGAAAAGUGUGUCACUCCAGUAGCAUGUCCAGGACAGAGCUAAGAGCUUUCUUCCUGCAAGUCGGUGUCUGUGUUGAUCUUACUAAUACUGAAUGAUGAUUUUAAACAAUAGUAACAGCCUUUGGGAAACCAAUGAUGAUGAUGAGACAAAAUAUUCACUUACCAAAGUUAACAAGUUUAUUGAUAUCGCCAUUUUGAGCCAUUUUGAAAUUCAUCUGUUGUGCAAAAGCCUGGGAAUCUUUAUUUAUAAUACGGCAGUUCAUCUCAUAUGUCUCACCCUCUGCAGUUCACACAUUUUCUCUGAAUGUCAAGUCCAUUUUUCAUUCAAAAAGCUUAUUCAUUAAAAUGAAACGCUAGUUUAUGAAUUGCUGCCAUAUCGUUUUGAUCCAUGUGACAUGGCCUGUGAGAAUCAGUUACCUUAGCUAUUUGCUACAGUGCAUCCACUCAAGUGUCCUAUAAUUUCAAAUUGGCUUUUUUUAAUACUUUUUCCAGUCACGGGUGAUGUGACAUGUUUUUAAAAAUGAUGAGCGAAGAAAAUAACAGUUUAAACUCAAUCUUUUUUAAUAUUUGGAUACUGGUUUUGUAGAUAUUGUAGAACUUUACUUUUUAAUGCUUUGAAUCGCCUCACAAUACAUUUAAUUUCUUUGUCACCAAAGGUUGGUUUUGAUUAACUUCUUGUCGAAAAGAUCGCAAGCGACUUACUGAGAGGCUUUUUGCAGUUCAAAAUGCUUCUUUGAGGAAGGUCAGUUAGUAGACACGGACACAUCUUUGAAAAAAGGCGGCCUCGUAUCAGUGUAUAUAGGUGCAUUGUUCUAUUUCCACCGAGGGGACAAGGUCCAGCGUACUGAUACUGUAGUGUUGCAGAGACCAUAAAGUUCAACUAUUUCUCAUUUGCUGCUUUUCUGGUUACUUUAUGGGAACUAACCACUUUCUGAACCUCUCUUCAGCUUAUAGUCUGUGUUCUAGAGUAAGACAACUUAAAGGCAGUAUAUUAGUACUUAGAUACUAGUGAAUUUAGGUACCAGAAUACAUGUUCGUUUCCUUCUCUCUAUACUGUACUGUACAUUGUUUUUUCAAUGCCUCAAAGUGCCCAUUUUGACUUUAGAAGGGCAUUGAUUGAAAAGAAAAGUAAAAGACAUAGUUGUCUAAAAGAUUUCUCUUAUUUUGCACAUCAGAUUGUGGCGUUUUUUUCAUACAGAAGUAGUGAAGAAGCGGUGAAAGGCUGCAAAAGAUGUCAAAUGUUUUGACAGGGAAUAUCAGAAGUGAUUGCCUUUCCUCUCCGGAACUAUUCUGUCUGUACAAACGAAGCCUCUAAUCAUCCUUUUUCUUUUUUUCUGCUUCUCCUCCCCCCGUUUUGUCAAAAGAAGUGAAAUUAGGGGACUGUGAAUGCUAGGUACAUGUUUACUUUUUAAUUCUUCAUGUGUCAUCUGAUCAGUGUUCUUUGUCAUUUUUGUAAAGAAAAAACACAAUUUUAUUUAUUUUUUGUUUAAUAUUUUGUGGAUGUUUAAUGCGUUUUAUAUUUGUUCAACUAUCUGCAUUGUUUCUUACUGUUAAUAAAACAGAGC